AUGGCCAAGUCUCGCGUAGCUCCCGACAAGCAUCUGUCUAUUCCGCGGCUAGAGCUGCAAGCUGCGUUAUUGUCGACCCGCCUAAUUUCCAGUGUAGCACAGGAGCUGGACACAGAGUGUACAAAAUGGUACCUGUGGUCUGAUUCGCGUACCAUGCUACACUGGAUCCACGGGGAACCCCGUAUUCGACAAGUAUUCGUCGCGCACAGGCUCGGCGAAAUUGGCGAACUUACCGAGAAAGCAACAUGGAGGUGGGUACCGUCGAAAUUGAAUCCGGUUGACUGCGCGACGCGUGGGGAGUGCGAAGGGGCGGAGGCGAGGGCGCUAUGGUUGGAAGGCCCACCCUUUUUAAAAGAUAUAGAAGAGCACUGGCCCAAACCGGAGCCACUCUUGGGGGCUCAGAAGCGCGAAAUAGACGUGAUGGAAAUACGAAGACAGCAGCACGUUUAUGCCGCGGUAUCGCAAAACCAGUAUCUACCCAUCACCGUUAGUUACUCGGUGUCUACCCAUCACCGUUGGUUACUCGGCUGGUAA